GGGGGCAGGGACUCCUGGGUCCUCCCUCCAAUACAGCUAGAGUGAGAGCGGGGGGUGGUGAAAAGCUGAGAUUCCUAGAUUCUUGGUCUUCCCCUCCUCUCAGUCUCGUGGGAGCAGGGAGUGUGAGGAGACAAGAGGGCAAGACCCAAUUCUGAGAGAGAACAGAGAGAAGGGUAGUGAGGAACGGAGAGACUAGAACUCUUGGGGUCUCGGUCCUCCAUUCCUUCAGCACCAGGGCAUCAUAGGAUCAUAGAUUCAGAGCUGGAAGAGGCAUCCGAGAUCAUCUAGUCACCGCGAGCAGGGGAUGGUGUGAGUCCUCUGUUACAGGUGUGUCCAAGUUAGCCCUGCCCCCUACCUGGGGCUCAGGUGCACAGACAGGAAGUUCGCUCCCCCUCCCAGGUGAGUGACUAAACUUUCCGGGUCACGUGAUCGGGUGGAGCCGGCUGGAAACGAGUGAGGGACAGAAGGACCGACUGCCAGACUGAGGACCAGAGCUAAAAGCUGGCGCCAGUAGCCCGAGAUGCAGUAGCCACCGGAGGUCCUGCAGUUUGGGAGCGGGAGCCAGGUCAGCCGAGGCAUAGGCCUGGUUCGGUUCCCCAGGGGCCCAUGGCGAGCAGCCCUGGCCUGGGCCUGUGCUUGGCACUGAGCCUGCAGCUAUUGAACUCCCAGCCUGCCUUGGCCCCCAACAUUGACUACACUGGAUAUGAGAACAACACUACUACCCCUUCCACAGCACCACCAGCCAGUGGGACCCUGUCCCAGGGUGCGGUCACUGCCAUCAUCACUGUAUUCUCAGUCCUGGGUAUCCUCCUCCUGGUAGUGGCACUGGUCCUGCUAGGCCGGAAGCUUCGUGAGAAACGUCAGACAGAGGGCACCUACCGGCCCAGCAGUGAAGAGCAGUUAUCUCACGCGGCUGAAGCAGCCCCAGGGCCCCAGGACUCGAAGAACAAGGCGUGGGGCUGGGUGUCCUGCUGGGGUUAGGGUGUGUGCAAAAAGCCUGGAUCCCCUUUCCCUUUGUGGGGAGGGGCAGAGACUUGAGUGGGUACCCACCCUGAGCUCCCCUUCCCCCUCCCCAGGCCAUUUGAUUAACAUUCCACCCUCCCAAAGACCUCUCAACUCUCUCAGGACUAACCUUCCCCUCCUGGUGAAUAAUAAUAGGUAUUUGUACUGAAAAGGAAGUGCUUGGAAAAGUCUUCCUCUCCCCACCCCCUUUCCCCGAAACUUAUGUCUCUGGUCCCUUCUUUUUUCCUCUCUCUCCCCCAGACACUACCUCCUAUUUCCUAGAAUUGUCCCUGAGAGGGGCUGCUUGAUUUGUAUUUUUUAUAAAGAUGGUCAUAAGGUCAAA